AUGAACCUCGAGAAUAAAACACAAAUGCACCUAUCGGUCCCAGAACAACCAAUACUGCUCAUCAACGACGAAUCCCCCAUCGACAGAUAUGGGCCUUCAUUGCGAGGGAGUUCGAGCCCAGACCCUAGAGUCGAGAGACGAUCAUCCUGUUAUUCGAGAAAUACGGAUGGGUAUUCUAUUCAUGAACGUGAACAUGAGCACACAAAGGGACAAGAGUAUGAUAUCGAAAAGGAUAUUGAUGAUGGUGCCAUCGGAGAGAUUUCACGGCCAGCACCGGCACACCUUUCGGUUUAUAGUGGUCGGUACAUGACCCGACAUGGCAAUGAGAGCAGAUUGAUACUCCAAGGUCUGAGUGAUCCGUACCGAAGCGGAAGCAACUCGGUUUCUAGUCGUUCCCCAUAUGAAGUGAAUGACUACGCCCUCUCGGGGUCGACGUAUAUCGGCUCAAACUCAAGUCUACAGCCCAUAUAUCCAUUGCGGACAAACCCGAACAACCAUCCAAUGCAAAGGCCACUUCCGUCUCCGCGGACACAAAACUGGCGAGUCGAAAAGGGUAUUACUAUGUUGUCCAGACCUAAUCCACGAUUUGCAAGACCACCUGUAACGCCCAUCAGACCACUGCGAUGGAGUGCAGUUAGUCCUUCGUUCAGGACACCGACUAGUCUCGUCAGUCCUUUCAAAGUACCACCCAGUAUUGUCACAAGCAGCAUGUCACGACUAGGACAACACCCUAUUGACUCAAAGAGUGCUUGUAGUAAUUCGAAAAUACAACGGUAUCCGCUAAAGAAGGAUGUAAUCUUGAUUGUGCUUGCCGUGGUGAUGGCGACGUUUUGCACGAGUAUGGACAGGAUAAUAGUCUCAACCGCAAUACCCACAAUGACAUCCCAGUUCAACACCAUCGAGGACAUAGGGUGGUACACCACCUCCUACCUCCUAACCGCCUGCUCGGCACACUUGUUCUAUACCAAGUUGUACCGCUUCUACACCGCGAAAUGGAUUUAUAUGAUGGCACUUCUGAUUUUUGAGAUUGGGUCACUCGUUUCCGGGGUUGCGGAGGUUUCAGCGACGCUCAUUUUUGGUCGUGCGUUGGCGGGGUUGGGUGCGUCGGGGGUUUUGGCCGGGGAUGCGUUGAUGAUGGGGCAGUGCGGGCGGUUGAGUCGGAUAUCAAGUUAUUUUGCGGUCUAUUCUAGUGGUGUGUUUGUGGUAGGACCGGUACUGGGCGGUGUUCUGACGCAGUAUGCGUCCUGGCGUUGGUGCUUCUUUAUCAACUUGCCCUUUGCGCUAUCAUCAUGCAUAUUAUUGCUUAUUUCGAGGUGGGAGACCCCCCCGAAUAUAAAAACCCAGUCAACGUUCAAACAGAGACUGCCGUUUCUGGACCUGGAAGGCACACUCCUUUUCCUCCCUAGUAUCCUCUGCCUAUUACUCGCCGUACAAUGGGGAGGCGUCAAGUUCCCCUGGAGCUCAGCCACAGUUAUUGUCUUGUUGGCCGUUUUUGUGGUUACUAUUACCGGGUUUAUUCUCAUUCAGAAAUAUAAGGGUGAGUCUGCGAGUAUUCAGCCACAAAUGUUCUUGAAUCGCAACGUGUAUGGCGGGAUGAUGGCGUCGUUUUGUCUUGGUGGGAGUAUUUCUGUGGUGGUGUAUUAUCUACCAUUAUGGUUCCAAGUCACAAAGGACGUCUCGCCUUCGGAUUCAGGUGUGAUGUUGUUACCCCUCGUACUAAGUAUGGCCAUCGCCUCGCUUGCUAGCAGCCACCUGGUCAAUAUAAUUGGAUACUGCACCCCGUUCCUCAUCCUUGCAUCUGUCAUGAUGUCAACCGGCAGCGGCCUUCUCACGACUAUACAAGAGAGCACCACUCUAUCAGCCUGGGUCGGAUACCAGAUUCUCUUCGGCAUCGGCGCAGGCAGCGGCAUUCAUCAAACCACGUUAGCAAUCCUGUCCUCAUUCCAAAAGUCCCGACACAUUGCCCAUGGUACUGCGAUGAUGAUAUUCGCGCAGACCCUUGGCGCUGCUUGUGCUAUUGGCGUGGCGCAGAGCGUGUUUGAGAAUAAACUUAUCAAUAGCAUCAAAGCGGCGGAGCUAGAUGGUGUUCGUGUGCAGGCUGUGCUUCACACCGGGGCUACGGUUAUCAGAAAUGUGUUGUCGGGGGAUAAUCUUGAGACGGUGCUGAUGCUGUAUACGCGUGCCAUUGAUCAGGGGUUUUAUGUUAGUGUGGGAUUGGCUGCAGUCUCGGUCAUAGGCGCGUUGGUCAUGGAAUGGAAUCCAGUCCAGGGUAGAAGGGCUCUAGUAGUUUUCUAG